AUGGCCUCGGCAGCAGUUCAAGUCUCAGCAGGCCACGGCCCCAGUCUAUCAGAGAAGCCAGCAAUUCCAGUCUCAGACAAACCACACCAUGUCCAGACUACUUUGAACUUCUUCAAGGCAAAUGAAGACGGAUCGCCCCCGGCUCCGGCCUACGUGGGUAAGCCUGAGACAUAUGAUAGGCCGUCCGAACCGCUCGCGACUACCGUCCACGACAUUAGUGGUCAUGAGCUCGACUACACUCUUGAUGGACAAGGAUUCCAGCUUUACUACCAUGAGAGUGCCGAGAAGGACUUUGUCGACGACGAGAAGAUCAAGAGAGAAUAUUAUCCCGAAACGGAGCAAUUGCUAAAAGAUGCCACUGGCGGCUCCCGAGUCUUCAUCUUCGACCACACAAUCCGACGCGCAGGCGGAGAUCAACUCCGCGGCCCAGUCCAACGCGUCCACAUCGACCAAUCCUACUCCGCAUCCAAGAACCGCGUCGCACACCAUCUCCCCAACGAAGCAGAAGAACUCCUCAAAGGACGGUAUCAAAUCAUAAACGUCUGGCGGCCCAUCAAAACGAUUCUGAAGGAUCCGCUCGCCGUAGCAGACGCGCAUACCGUGCCCGAUGACGACCUCGUCCCAAUCGGAUUGAUCUAUCCCGAUCGUCAAGGUGAGACGUAUUCCGUUAAACCGGAUCCUGGCAUUAAGUGGUAUUAUCGGUAUGGACAGACGCCGGAUCUCGUGACGCUUAUUAAAUGCUUUGAUUCGAAGGUUGAUGGGCGGGCGAGACGGGUUCCGCAUACUGCUUUUGUUAAUCCUGAGACAGAGAAUGAGGCGGGUAGGGAGAGUAUUGAGGUUAGGGCUUUGGUUUUCCAUCCGGAUGAUCGGGAUUAA